CGUUAUUACAAGCUAACGUCUCGCAGCAGUAGCUUAAUGACAUCUCCAGUGACUCUGGCGGACCGAAAUGGUUCCCCCCGUUGAGGUGAGGCACUGCUUGGGAUAAUCACAGCUGUCAGUUUUUCCUCUGAGUAAACUACAGCCCCGAAGUGUGUUGCGCGAGCUGACGUGAGCACCCUGCAGCCUCAGGAGAAUUAACCAGGCGUCUGCCACCUGACCCCAUUGACUCUGACCAUCCUGGGCUCAGCUGAUACGCGUGCCGUGUGGCCCUGACAUGAGGAGGACAAAAAAAAGCUGUAGGAGUGGGAGGAGGCAGAGGACAGAAGGACCAGCAGGCAAUGAAUGAUUAUGAUGACUAGGGCCAUCUUGCUGGCCUCAGCAGCACCCUCCCCCCCCCCACCCAGCAGAAGCCCUGGCCUUGGCCCUGGCUCCCACAUGGACUAGUGAUCUGGCUCAGGUCGGUGUGGGUCGGCGUGGGUGAAGUGUCACCACCAGGCAGGGUCUGGCCUGUCAGCUGUUCAGGAUGACAGGAGGAGAGGAGAGGGGAAGAGAACAGAGAUGUGUUUGCAUCCCGUGUCGCAGUGAAGCUGAAGGACUGUAAAGCAGCCAUCAUUCUGCCAGGAAGAAGAAGAAGAAAACUAACCAACGCGGAGAGCAAUGGUCGGAAUGCCGAGUGUUUUGAACUACAGUAGAGAGAAGAAGAGUCCUGCCAUGCCCGGUUCUCCUGUGGAUGCUAAGACUCAUUCCAGAUCCGCCCCCAGCAGCAGCGUCAGCUCCACUAUGCCACCCCUGCCUUCUGUCAACCCCAGCGGCCCUCGCCCGGGCUCCUUCUCCACCACAGCAUUGACCAACGGGAAUCAUCAUUCCCCACCGACCCUGAACGCAGUGCCAUCUCCGCCGCAGCGUUACAGCAACGGACCGUCCUCUUCCUCUUCCUCGUCGCUGGCGAACCAGCAGCUGCCGGCCACCUGUGGGGCUCGCCAGCUGAGCAAGCUGAAACGUUUCCUGACCACGCUGCAGCAGUUUGGGAACGACAUCUCUCCUGAGAUUGGAGACAGCGUCCGAAGCCUUGUUCUGGCCCUCGUGAAUUCGACAGUUACCAUUGAGGAGUUCCAUUCACGGCUUCAGGAGGCCACCAACUUCCCCUUACGGCCCUUUGUUAUCCCCUUCCUCAAGGCAAACUUGCCACUUCUCCAGAGGGAGCUGCUCCACUGUGCACGGGCAGCCAAGCAGACCCCGGCCCAGUACCUGUCCCAGCAUGAGCAUCUCCUGCUGAGCACCACCAUGGCCUCCUCGCCAGACUCCUCGGAGCUGCUGAUGGAGCCCCCCGAAGUUGGCACCAAGAGACACAGCCCCAGCAGAACUAAAGAAAAUGGCUUCCACGAACGUCCACCUGUAGCGCUGGAGCCCGCCGCAAAGCGAAUCUGCACCAUCAGUCCCGCUCCCCGACACAGCCCCGCCCACCCGCUGCCCCUCAGCACCCAGCUUCACCCGACCCCCCCGCCCCUGCAGCACUACGCCCUGGACGACAUCGCAGCACCGCACAUCCUGCACCGCGAGCACAGUCAGCGCAUGCUGGAGAUCCGCGAACUCAAAGACAGGCCCAGACUCCCCGGCACUAACGGAGGCUACCGCGAGGAGCCAGUGGACCACAGACUGACAGACCGAGAGUGGGCUGAUGAAUGGAGGCAUCUGGACCAUGUGUUGAACUGCAUUGUGGACAUGGUGGAAAAGACACGGAGGUCAGUGAGCGUGCUCAGACGGUGCCAGGAGUCAGAUCGCGAGGAGCUCAACUACUGGAGGCGGCGUUCGAGCGAGCAGGAGGACCCACGCAAAGGAGGCUCCGGCUCCGCUCCCUUCUCGAAGACACACAGCCCCCACUCUGCAGAGACGGACUCCCAGCGCGAGUUUGCACCACGGCCAGGCUCAGCAUACGUUACAGAUGAGAUCUGGAGGAAAGCUGAAGAGGCGGUGAACGAGGUGAAGCGACAGGCCAUGGACGAGGUCCAGAAAGCGGUGGCGGAGGCUGAACAGAAGGCUUUUGAGAUGAUUGCUGCAGAGAGGGCAAAGAUGGAAAAGACUCUGGCUGAGGCGAAGAGGAAGGCGCAAGAGGACGCCAUCCAGGUCAUCAAUGAACAGGAGGAUUCCAGUGAGUGUUGCUGGAACUGCGGCCGCAAAGCCAGCGAGACGUGCAGCGGCUGCAACGCCGCUCGCUACUGCGGCUCCUUCUGCCAGCACAAAGACUGGGAGAGGCACCACCUCAUUUGCAGCCCAGGACUUCAGGCUCAACCCAAACCGGUUUCCGCCAUCACUGUGAGCAGGGCGGCGGCUGCAGCCGCCGCUGCCGGGGUCUCUCCAGUCGGUCUGGCUGGGGUCAAGGCCCCUGAAAGUGUGCCCUCAGUCUCCAGUCCUGGUGGAGAGAAGGCAUCAGUCGCUUCUCGCUCCUCCACCCCUUCCACCCCCGCCUCGGCCCCCGAGACCAACGGACACUGAGGCCGCAAGCGGCGAAACGCGUCACAUGCCCUCCUCUUUGACUGGGGAAGAACUGAAUCAGCGGCAAGAGGGAACUAUUCGAGGGUUAAGUUAGGAUAACGGAUUUUUCAUCAUACUCCUUCUGGCAGAUAAAAAAGGACAGAUUAUGGAUCACUGUUUGAGUGAUAUGUCAACUGGGACUUUGGCUUUGGCAUCGAACAGAAGGACUCAUCUCGAAUGCAUCUAUUGGAUGAACAGAUCUCCCUAACAGAUGGAAACGUGUUUGCCUUCAUCCAAAAAAAACCCAAAUCUUGGAUCUGCGAGGGGCAGGAAAGAGAGAGAAAAAAACAAAAAAAACCUGACGAUUGAUGCGAGUUCAUCACGGGCUGCGGGGAGGAAGUUAUGAGAAGAGACGGAGGAGAUUAAAAAACAAUGACAUGUAAAGACGUUUCCCCCCCCAAACGCGCCCUCGAACCGCUAUUCUGACUUUGUUGUGUAUAAAUUUAAAAAUAAGGGAAGUGGUGGUGGAAAAUGUAAACCGUGUAAUAGUACCAGCCAUAAAGCAUCUGUGUUCGUCCUGUAGGAGCAAUCUGACAGUCGUCUCCGCAGCUCUCCUGUACACAUGAAUAUACGCUCGCCAACACUUCCUGUCAGGUUUCUCAUAUGUGUGAAUGCGUGUGUGUCAAGCGGUCGUGCCACGUCGGUGAAUAUUGUACAGCAUAUGAUUACUUCUGUCAGAGCAAUAUUAAAGUGUGUUAAAAGUGUUUUCAGGUAUCUCAAGCUGUUUCUGCAUCACCAAAGUUUUCAGUCGCUAAAGAGAGAGAGAGAGAGAUAGAGAGAGAGGUUUUCAUUGCCUGCAGCUGUCUUUUGUGAACAAGAAGAUGAAUAUACACUAACCCAGCAGCAUCAUAUCUACUUUUAUAACAAGCUUAAACAGAAACUCUGGUCACUAUUUUCCAUUUCUGAUCCUUAGACAUGUCAAAAACAGAGAGAGAGGGGUGAUGGUGAUUGGGUCGAGGACUCGCAGGAAGAUGCAGUUGAGACUUUAUUCCGGUUGCGGUUUGUUUUGGCACUUGUUCACGUCACCCGUUUGCGUAUGGCAGGGUCAGGCGUUGCUCCAAAUCUUCCCCUCCGUGGCAAUGUUUGCAUCAGGAGCAGAGGUCGUGACGGCCUCGCCCUCGGUGCUUACCUUGACGUGGUUGUGGCUUUUUCGAGCAGCAUCUCUGUCCCCACAGAGUAUCUCAGGAGCUAAACUGUAUUUGUAUGUACAGAUCAGUCCGUUCUUUUUUUUUUUUUUCCUUCUGUCGCCAUUAGGUUAACGUCAAAAGUUUAGUGAGGAUUUAUCUACUCUGCUGUUACAACUGAGACAUUGUUUCAUUCCGUUGUAAGACGACUUUGUAAAGAAUAUGAGAGAAUGCCUUUAUUUUGUGAGCCACAACUUUUCUUCGUUCUUUCAACGCGAUUCUUUUGUUAUGAGGCGCAACUUCAUAUGGAAAAAAAAAAGAUCUUGACAUGAAGUAUGAAAUAAAGAAAUAGAAUUGCU